AUGUUGAAAGAGUUCUCACUCAUCAGUGUUAAAGAUAUCAUCUUGGAAGUUUCUGGCAAAGUCCCAGAACUUUUUGAUGAACUCUUCCACAACUUUUACUGGAACUUCAUUGGAUUCACCACACAAGACUUUUUGGAAGAUCUUGUGUUGGAGUUUAAAUUUCUCAAGCUGACCACACAAUGCAUUCACACUGGCACCUUCUACAGCAGAAACCAUAUUAAGAAGAAACAGCAAGAUGUACUUGGUUUCUUAGAAGCCAACAAAAUAGGAUUUGAAGAAAAAGAUAUUGCAGCAAAUGAAGAAAAUCGGAAGUGGAUGAGAGAAAAUGUACCUGAAAACCAUCGACCAGCUACUGGAUACCCCCUUCCACCUCAGAUUUUCAAUGAAAGCCAGUACCGUGGGGACUAUGAUGCCUUCUUUGAAGCCAGAGAAAAUAAUGCAGUGUAUGCCUUUUUAGGCUUAACAGCACCACCUGGUUCAAAGGAAGCAGAGGCCCAAGCAAAGAAGCAAGCAUGAGCUUUAAACAUUCCGCCUUAAGCAUCCUGAAAACUAGUGCCCAUUGCUUUUCUAAAAGUAUCAGAAUUAUCUUGGCUUCCAAAGGGAUAGGCUUAAUGUUGAAAUAAUAGAUUAGUUGGUGUUUUCAUAUGCAAAGAACCCAAAUGAAAAAAAAAAUAUAUAUAUAGUGAGCAUUAUGAUGAUGAGAAUGGGAAAUGAACGUAAAAUUUUAGUAGAUAUAAUACAAUAGUGUUAUCUGCUAGAGCAUUUUAUGUACAUUAGCCAUUUUACAAAGGAAUUGCCCUUCACCUUUUUUUCUGUAUUAGUAUCUGCAGCUCAGUAUUGAGGAGUUUUAAAAAGAGAUAGAGGUGGAGAUAGAGA